AUGAGCAGCAAAACUCCACAGGAGCUGCGGCAACAGCACUAGGGAGACAUCCAGUUCUCCCUCAGAGAGCAGCUCUUUCCGCAGACAGGGAUUUAUUUUCUACACAUGCAUAUAUGUAUUUAUUUAUUUACUGGGUUGCAUGUGUUUUUUCUCUUUUUUAACCCUUUUGGAAAAGCCCCAAAUCUUGCAAGUGAGGAGCCUGAGAUUUCUCUAAAAUAACAGCUCGGUGGGGUUGGGUUGCUUUGCCUUCUCCCUCAGAAAAUAAAGAGGGAAGGGGGGAGCAAGUAGGUAAAAUCCAGAAUAAAAUCAUAUUGCUAGAUAACUCACACCUCCCCCCUCACACACACAUCCACACACACACUCUUUCUCCUCCUCCUCUUCUCUGAAGGUGGGUAGCAGGAGCCAUGCAACAUCUGCAGAACCGGAUGGCAAAAAAGCAGGAGGAAAAAUAAUCCAAGUGGAGUGCUCAGGGGACACCGAGUUCUUUUUUCUUUUUUUUUAAUUUUUUUUUUUUAUUUUUUCUCCUUCUGCGUACCUGUGAGAUUCGAUUUCACAUUUUGCUGAGCCCAUUUUGGGGCAUUUUAUUUUUCUUUCUCUUGGGAUUUUCUCCAUUGCCAGAGGAUGUCUCUUGCUGAGAGGAUGCUGAAAGGAAGAAGAAACGAAUUCUUUGACUGGCACUGAAGGAGGGGGGGGAUAUUUUUCCCCCACAUUUUUUAGGGUUUUUUAUUAUUCUUUUUCUCUAGGAAAUCAUUAACUGGGGGGGGUUGGUUUCUUUUUUCCCUCCCCCCCUUUUUUUGGAGGGGGAUUUCAGAAGAUCCAUCCUUCUUUCCCCUCCCCUCCCAAGAUUUUUUUUCAUCCUUCGUCUUUGUGGAAAUGUGGACAUUUCAGGCAGACAGAUUGAGUGGAAUUGUAUCUGCUUUAGCAGCUCUUUGUCUCGCCUGCUGUGCGCAAAGCCCAUCCACUGGGAAUAUUUCUGUGGUGAAAGAGAUUGUGGACAAACUGCUGAAGGGCUAUGACGUCCGCCUCAGGCCUGACUUUGGAGGUAACCCUGUCACAGUGGGAAUGAGCAUCCACAUCUCCAGCAUUGACCAGAUCUCUGAAGUUAACAUGGACUACACCAUCACCAUGUACUUCCAGCAGAGCUGGCGGGACAAGCGCCUGGCGUACAAUGACCUUCCUCUUAACCUAACCUUGGACAACCGGGUGGCUGACCAGUUGUGGCUGCCUGACACCUAUUUCCUCAAUGACAAGAAGUCCUUUCUGCAUGGGGUGACAGUGAAGAAUCGCAUGAUUCGGCUCCAUCCUGAUGGGACUGUCCUGUAUGGCCUGAGGAUCACCACCACAGCCGCUUGCAUGAUGGACCUGCGGAGGUACCCCCUGGACCAGCAGAACUGCACGUUGGAGAUUGAAAGCUAUGGUUACACAGUUGAUGACAUUGUCUUCUUCUGGCAAGGAAAUGAUUCUGCUGUCACGGGGAUGGAGGUGCUAGAACUGCCCCAGUUCACCAUUAUUGAGCAGAGGCUGGUCAGCAGGGAAGUGGUCUUUACCACCGGUUCAUAUCUGCGUUUAUCCUUGAGUUUCCGGAUUAAGAGGAACAUUGGUUACUUCAUCCUGCAGACUUACAUGCCAUCUAUUCUCAUCACCAUCCUGUCCUGGGUCUCCUUCUGGAUCAAUUAUGAUGCUUCUGCUGCACGAGUGGCACUGGGGGUCACCACGGUACUUACAAUGACUACCAUCAACACCCAUCUGCGGGAGACUCUCCCCAAGAUCCCUUACGUCAAGGCUAUUGAUGUUUAUCUCAUGGGCUGCUUCGUCUUUGUGUUCCUGGCACUCCUGGAGUAUGCUUUUGUCAACUACAUAUUCUUCGGGCGAGGCCCUCGGCAGCAAAAGAAGCAGAGUGAACGGAUCAGCAAGGCCAACAAUGAACGCCACCGUUAUGAGGAGAAGAGGGUGAGAGAGCAGGUUGACCCUUAUGGUAACAUCCUCCUCAGUACUCUGGAGAUGAACAACGAGCUGCUGGCCACAGACAUGAUGAGCAGUGUUGGCGACUCUCGAAACUCUGUCAUGUCCUUUGAAGGCUCAGGAAUCCAGUUCCGAAAGCAGCUGGCCUCUCGGGAUGGAUUUGGUCACCACCCAACCCUGGACCGGCACGUCCCGCUGACCCACCAUGCCGCGGCCCGCAACCGUGCUAACUGCCGUCUCCGCCGGCGGUCAUCUAAGCUGAAGCUCAAAAUCCCAGACCUGACAGAUGUCAGCACCAUUGACAAGUGGUCACGAAUCAUUUUUCCAAUCACCUUUGGAUUCUUCAACCUUGUUUACUGGUUGUACUAUGUAAAUUGAUGCCUGCAGCCUCCGAGAGAGAUAGGGACAGACACUCAGACAAUGACAACACAGGAGUGUUGUGGUCUUUUGGGUUUGAGUUUUACUCUUUGCUAUCAUUAUCAUUUAUUCCUUUGAUUCAUUAGACUUAUUCUAAGCAUACUCUUCUCUUUUCAGCACAUGUAAA